AUGGCAACUGCGCACCGCCCUCGGCGGCUCUGCGCCACAUGCAGCGCCCUGACGUUUACCAUGCUUCGAGACGGCUAUACUCACCCAUUGGCAUAUCGGGACACCAUCGCAUCUGGGGAAACAUGCGCAUUAUGUCGGUUGAUGGUUUGCUCAACUGGCAAGCUUUCAGUCAACCUUGACUCGUAUAAGAUGGACAAUCAAUAUCAUUCCUUGGCUCCCAGAUUACCCGAGCUGCCAGCGGUUUCCAGGGAAGGAAGUAUAAUUUUCGGGCCAUCACCAGUCAUUGAAAAGCUAAAACCACUGGUUGAGUUGAACUGGAGCACGAUCCAAUAUGAUGGUGACCGCGAGAACAGCUGGGAGGUUAGAAAGGGAAACUUCGACGAUGGUGAGACCAUUCAGAUUACAGCUCCAGCAGACUCGUUGUAUGGAGCCCAUGGCUUUGUGCCGCUCACCGAUGUUGAACCGGCCUCAUCCAAAAGAAACUACAGAAUGCUUCGAAAAUGGCUCUCUACCUGCAUGUCCAGCCACGAAAGGUGCUGUUCAUCACACUCCAUGACAGAUAAAUCAGCCAAAGAAACCACGGUGUUACUAACCAGAGUCAUCGACGUGGGCGAUCUAAAAGAGCACGGGCCUAAGCCACGGCUCUUCAUAUCGAACAAGGCAUUAGGACAGUACAUUGCCCUGAGUCAUCGUUGGAGCAAGGCUAUCGCGACGAAACUGAAAAGUGAAAACCUCAGCCGAUACCAGCAAGAGCUCCCGGUGAAUGAUAUGCCGCCAACGUUUCAGGACGCUAUUGAAGUGACACGCCAACUUGGUUUCCGUUAUCUUUGGAUCGACUCGCUCUGUAUCAUCCAAGACGACGAGUCUGAUUGGUCGCAGGAGUCCCAUAGGAUGGGAACUAUCUUUGAAGAGGCUGGUUGCACAAUUGCUGCUGUCGAUUCCGUGGACGACAACGGAAUCGACCACGGAUUGUUUCUACGACGGGACACCGAUCCGCUUUCAGUCAAACUCGCGAUUCCCUACAAGAAAGUGCCUCUCAGCAAGCUAUCCCAACGAGUAUUCAAAACCAAUGCUUCAGUCUAUGUUUGGAAGAUGCGAUGGUUAAGGGAACUACCAACCAUGAACACUUGGGACAAAAACACCAUCACGAUUCGCCCACGCAUUGUAUCGUCUUGGGGACGUGUUCCACGCUCCAACUGGUAUAAGAGGGGUUGGGUCUUGCAGGAAAGGCUCCUCUCUCGGAGACUGAUAUAUUACACCAAGAAAAAGCUCUCCUGGUCUUGCUUCACCGAAAGCGGCGAGGAGGAGGGCGGUGAUCCCAAAGAUGCUGCCAGGAUCUCUCUGUUUCCGCUGCAGAGAGGAAACGAUUAUCCAGUUUUUCCCAUUUGGGAGCAUGUUAUUUCAGAUUACCAACGCUGCCAACUGACGUUUAGCAAGGACAGGUUAGCCGCUGUUGGUGGUAUCUCUGCUCGACUAGAAGCCCAUUUCUCGUGCAAGAUCUACGCCGGAAUUCCGUUUCACUCGCCUCGCGACGCGGCGGAGAAUCUGCUCUGGUAUGCCAGUAAGGGGCCUUUGCGGACCUCUAACGAGUUCCACGCGCCUUCCUGGACCUGGGCUGCUUUUAGUGGCGAGAUAUCAUUCUUUAUGUCGACACCACAAGGAACUAGCGAGCUUUUGAUAACCAGGCUAGACUUCAAGAUUCGUAAUCAGUGCGAGUCGAGGGAUCCAUCAAAGGAUUGCAAAGGAACUUUCGUGUCGGGGCGUGUUUCCUUUGAAGGUCCAGCUGGGAAACUUAUUCGGCAAACCAAGCUGAAGGAUUUGAGAAUUGUGGGGGGUCCGAUGGAACCGAUCGGAGAACAAGAGAUUCUGGCGGGAAUUCUAGGGCAUGCUCUUGUGCCAGGCAUCGCCAUACCGCGGUUUGACGAACUGGGAAACAAAGUUCAAAUGCCAUAUAACCCACCAGUGCCAGAUCACACAGAAAUACUGGUAGAUGAAUGUGGCUGCAUCGUCGGGUUUUUCAUACCGGACCUCGAGGAAGAGCUUGAGCAGGAUGCAGGUGAGCAACAGAUCAUAUGUGUGGGCGUAAAGCGAUAUUAG